AUGAACGGAGGACGACCACACACGCCAGUGGAUAGAGAGCUACAACAACUCUAUGAUGAAGUCCUUGCUGGAUUUUCAGAAACAGAGUCAGAGACUAUCGAUACUGGCUAUGGAGACUCUCCAACUUCAACCGCUUCCCCUAGUACUCCUUACUCGGACGCAAGUUCUGCACCACGCAAGGCCAGUCGAACUCCAUCUGCUUCGGUCCGACGUCUUCCCCUUCCCCCAACACCCUCUUCUCCAUCAUCGCAACCCCCAUUGAUAAUGCCGGAACCCGAGCCAUAUGGCACAUCUGGAGAGCUCCUUCGCCAAGCCACCACUGGGAGUAAGCGCAAACUCCCCUCAGCCCCAGGACAACGACCAACAACAGCCACGAGGCAGUCCGAUGCAUCUUCUCACUAUGGUGGAAUGACGCGUCAGCAGUCUUUCAGGCCACCAGGUGCUGCAGCCCCAGCCCAGCCGGGAUCGCCCUCCUACGACUCAUCUAGCGACCCAUACUACUCCCCUCGCUCAAAUGGACAAUUGGCGGAAAGCCAACAAUACAGAUUUACCCCCACUUAUAAUGACCCUUCUUUCUCCCGAUCCGACUCGUCGCAAGGUCUCAGCCGGAAUACUUCCGCCAAUAGCACUGGUGCAUACCGUAUCCCAGAACCAGAACAAUACCUGGGUCUGGGACCUCCCGGCGUCGAUCGCCGACCAAGCGAAAUGUUGCGUGACCUUGCAAGUUACGCUCCGCGUGGACCAUUGGAACUCCACGAUGAAGCGGAUGGCUACUGGGAAGAAGAAGAAGAAGAAGACGAAAACCGAUUCGUUAACUUUGCCCUCUUGUCCCACUUUGCUGUCCAACUUCGUGACAAAGUCCCCAGAGGGACCCAUGUCAAGGGUAGUAUUCCAUAUCCACGCGCUUUCACAGGAAAGGACAUCGUCAACACCAUCCAGUCGCUCAUCCAGCGCGAGCUAGCAGUCAACCAUGGCAUAUCAACGGACGACAGACGGGCCGCACUCCAAGUAGCGCGGAGUUUACAGAGCCAGCUAUUCUUUUAUGAGGUGGAGUGGGGAGGCCAUGUGCUUCAAGAUGGGGUAGAGGAUGUUUACAUGUUUCUCGAUGACCAAGAAGGAGGCUCGGACAUGGCGCCAGAACGGGAAGAGCUGCCAACUGGGGUGGUCACAAUGUUGACGAAAUGCUACUCCCCCAGUUGUUCGGAUGAAAUGCCUUGUUAUACCUAUGGCUGUCCUCGAAAGGGCAAUCUACUGACCGCUCCUGCUGUCACUCCCACCGAAAUACCACCAAUUCCUCUUUCAGAGUCGUCUUGGGCUAAUACGGUACCCAAAGAAGUCCUUUCACAGCUUCCUGAGAGUGAAAUCAGUCGACAGACGAUUAUCCACAAACUCAUCAGCAAAGAAGCCCAAUAUAUCCAAGAUCUGGAAACGGUUGAAACAGUUUUCCUCCGGCCUCUUCGUUCCGCCAUUCCCCCUGUCAUCCCCCCGAAUCAGCUCGAAGACUUCAUCGACGAGGUCUUUGGGAAUAUUCUUGAUCUUAGGGUGUGCAAUGAGCGAUUGCUGGAGGUGAUGCGAGUCCGUCAGCGCGAGCAGGCGCCUGUCAUUCAACGCAUCGGCGAUGUCCUUCUCCAGGCAGCGGCUGACUUUAGAUUAGCUUACCCUAUUUACAUUGGACAGCAUCCGCUUUCUGAAAAACGGCUCAAGGACGAGAUGGACUCCAACCCAGAAUUCAGAAUAUUCCUCGAGCAAUGCUCUCGACACUCUUCUCGCUCUGUCCCAGGAGGAGACACAAUACGCCUUGAUCUGAAGCAUUUCCUCAAUAGGCCAGCUGAGCAUCUCCAAAAAUACCCCGUCCUUUUGGAUGCCAUCUACAACGAGACGGCCGAGGGAAAUCCCGAUGCAGACUACCUAAUGGAAGCUAUCGCUGCCAUCAAAAAUCUCCAGAGCGUUGCACAGUUACGGACAUUCCAGGUGGCAAUGGGCAAAGGCGUUGCGGGAAAGUGGGAAUGGCACGACCUGGUAGCACCAGAAGUUCGUGCGGCCUUACCGAAGGACGUUCAGAAGCGGCAGGCCAUCCUGUUCGAACUAAUCAAGGGUGAAAUGGCCUACGUGAAAGAUUUAGAGACGAUUCAAAAACUCUAUAUCCACGGACUGCGAGAAGCCCAACCUCCUAUUAUUACCCCAGACCGUCUUGAACUAUUCAUUCAAGAGGUCUUCCAUAAUGCCGCUGAGAUCUGUGACCAUCAUCGCAGGCUACUCGAAAAAUUCCAUGAAAUCCAGCGGGAACAGCAUCCCACAAUACGAAGUGUUUCUGCGGCAAUGAUGGACGCGGCACUCAAUUUUCGUGAUGCCUACAUGGAGUACAUCCCCAAUUACCCCAUCGCUGCCUACCGAAUCGAUGACGAAAUGGCCAACAAUCCUGACUUCAAGAAUUUUGUGGACCAGGCUGUCCGACAUCCCGACGCUCAUCGUCUUGACAUGAAAAAUUUCAUCAAUCGACCCAUUCCGCGACUUUUGCGGUACGAGUUGUUAUUGAAGGGCAUCUUGGACGAGACGCCAACAAGCCACGACGACCGCAAGGAGAUACCACAAGUACUAGAGGUCAUCAAAGCCCUUGGCAAGGAUACCGAGCCUGGUGUGGUCUCAGCUAAACAGAAGGUUGAGUUGUGGCGAUAUAAUUCCAAUCUUUUGUUCAAACCAGGAGAAGCGGUAGACAUGGAUCUCCUCGACCCCAACAGGUCUCUGAUCUUUGCGGGCAAGGUUUUGCGGCAGCCUGACAAUACCAUUCCUACACUUGAAUGGAGUGGGUGGAGUGAAUUAUACGUCGUGCUGUUUGACAACUACUUUGUGAUGACCAAGCCAAAAGACCGAGACGGAAUCACCAAAUACCAAGUCAACCGACGGCCAAUACCCUUAGACCUACUCACACUCGUUAAUUUCACUGAUCCACCAACGCAGCGCGGUGCUGGCCUUCUUCGAAACUUGCGAGGAGACCGCCGUGACGACCCUGCUGCCGCUGCGACCCCGGAAAGCGCCGGAGAUUCCCGAAUGAUGUACCCAUGGACAAUCCAUCACAACGGACGACUUGGCGGGGCACACAUAUUGUUUUCAGAGUCGCCGCAAGCCCGCUCUGAAUGGAAGCAAAAACUCGAGGAGGCUCUGGGCAUCCGCAAAGUUGUACAGGACUCCAACAGGGUGUUCGAAAUCGAGACACUGAGUGCCGAUACGUUUUUGGUUCCGUCGGUCCAGAUUGGGAGUCCGUCACCGCAAUGGAACCAAAGCACGUCUUUCACCGGCAAGGUCACGUGUUCAGUUCCUUUCAACACGGCUGAUGGUCGUGGCCUCGUUGCUAUUGGCUGCGCGGAAGGCGUUUGGAUUGGAUUCCGCCACGAUCCCCGAUCGAUGCGACGCGUAUUGCAUCUCAAAAUGGUCACGCAGUGCGCUAUGUUAGAAGAGUUUGGUAUUUUCCUUGUCCUGGCAGACAAGUCACUGUUUGCCUAUCAUAUCGAGGCAUUAGUACCGUCUUCUCCGCACGGCACUGGCGCGUCACAAGUUCCGCAGAAACUGAACGGGACGAAGGACGUCCACUUUUUCAGUGUUGGGACGCUUCAUAAUCGAACAUUGGUCAUCUACAUGAAAAAGAAAGGCCUGGACAGCGUCUUUCGUGUUUUAGAGCCCGUGAGCGACAAAAUCAACGAGAGAGUGAAGGCCCCCGCGGGACUGGGUUCAAGACUUGGUUUCCGUUCAACCAAGUCAGAAUGGUUCAGGAUUUACCGGGACUUCUUCCUACCCUCUGAAUCGUUCGACUUGUAUUUCUUGAAAGCACGGGUUGCCAUUCUUUGCACCAAAGGCUUUGAGAUAAUGGACCUGAACGACUUCAAGAGUGUGACCAUCCCGUUGCGCGAUGAUGCGAGACUGGCACCGUUGUCGAAACGUUGUGACGCCUGUCGACCGAUUGGCAUGUUUCGCUCAGACGAAGACGGGUUUCUUCUGUGCUACAAUGAAUUUGGCGUUUAUGUUGACAAGCACGGAGAGCCUCGAAGAGGUGGGACGACCAUCGAAUGGGAAGGCAAUGCGGAAAAGGUUGCCCUGCAUUCUCCUUACGUUCUGCUUUUCGACUCUCGAUUCAUCGAGGUUCGCCACAUUGAAUCGGGACGCUUGGUCCAAAUCAUUCCUGGCAACGACAUUCGGUGCAUAUGGGACGGGCGAGGUGUUGGCUCAAGCAUUGUCGUAACCCCGGCAGUAGACGGCGAGCCGACAGUGCAAGAUGCCCAGGUUCAUGCUGUUAUGAACGGCGUCGACCCCGCCCAGCCAAACAGACCUUCACGCGCACUCGCUCAACACGUAUUUGAGCUAAUUCCCACCAUCCCGCUUUACCUGCCGGAGCAAGCCCCCGGCCAAAACGCUCCCCAACCGCAAUAUUUAUCUCGCAACACUUCCUACUCACCACCCUCACAAUCCCCCAUCAGAGCAUCUGGAUCUAAUUGGCGAUGA